GUACAGCCUCUCACUUAUCGAUUCGAAAAUCUCCUAUUUUCUGAAUGAACAUGAAAUAAAUUUUGAUUACAUUGUCAUCAUUUUUUUCUCCUGAAUUUUUUUCCACUUAUUUUUCAUGAGAAAAAUAAUUCGAAUACAUUUGGUAAUACUAUUUAUAAUCGAGAGCUUCUCUCGUCGAUGAACGCUGAGCUUGCGCAGGUUUAGUCAGAAGGACGUCAUCAACAAAUAUGGCGAGCCUCACAAGUUUAUCACGAAAACUCUUCCAAUUUUCACGUAAUUUUCGUAAUGUCGCGCGUUCCUAUUAUAAAUUAUCGAGUGACAGUGCAUUUGGUAAAAUUAAUACGAGUGUCAAAUUAUUUGUUACCGGUUCAAUAGCUUUAAUACUCGAGCACAAAUAUACUUUAGGCGCCACUGUAUAUGCCCUCAAAUCAAGAAAGAAUGAGGAAAAUAUUCAAAAAGCCGUUCGACUCACUCAAAGGGAGAGAAGAUUUAUAAAAUUUGCAUCUGUUGAAUUUGAUGGUCAGCUUUAUAUGACGCCGCAAGAUUUUUUGGACAGUGUCGUCGAAUCACAACCAAGACCUAGGCUAAAAAGACGAUAUUUAACCAAAAAAGAAUUAGAAGGAAUUAAAAAUUCAACUCCUUCACUUCGCCACGGUAACAAGCACAUGUUUCGCAGUCUUCGAGAUAAAGGAAUAAUCUCCUACACAGAGUACCUGUUUUUGUUGUCUAUUUUAACAAAGCCCCAAACUGGUUUUCGCAUUGCUUUUAACAUGUUCGAUACUGACGGAAACGAGAGAGUCGAUAAGACUGAAUUCCUUGUAUUACAAAAAUUGAUCGCUCCAGGCGAAGAGGUUCUGAAUAGAAAAGUAACACUUCGUGAAAAUCAACAUGACUCUCAAAGUGAAAACAACCAAUUUUUUAUGGAGAAAAUUUUUAGUCACGCGUGGAGAGGGCGUCGAGGUGAAGAAAUUAAGCAAGAAUUAAAUCAAUUAACGAUGAAAGAAUCAACCGUUGAAGAAAUUCAAGGACAGUUUAUCGACGAUGAUCAAGGUUUGCAACGACGUCACUUGGUCGAUACUAGUCUAAUGAUACAUUUCUUCGGUCCAGAUGGAAAAAAUGAAUUAAAAUACGAAGGUUUCAGACGCUUUAUGGAAAAUUUACAACACGAAGUUUUAGAAUUAGAAUUCCAUGAAUUUAGUAAAGGUCAUGACACAAUAACUGAAUUAGAUUUUGCCAAAAUAUUGUUAAGAUACACUCUUUUGGACGCAGACGAAUAUGAUAAAUAUUUAGACAGACUAUUAGAUCGAACGAAUAAUACCAAGGGAAUAACUUUCAAUGAAUUUCAAAUAUUUUAUCAAUUUUUAAACAAUCUUGAUGAUUUUGCAAUUGCAAUGAGAAUGUACACGUUAGCAGAUCAUCCCAUCUCUAAAGAUGAAUUCUCGAGGGCUGUGAAAAUUUGUACGGGUACUCAGUUAUCAUUACACAUUAUUGAUACAGUAUUUGCAAUUUUUGACGUCGACGGAGAUGGCCAAUUAUCUUAUAAAGAAUUUAUUGCAAUAAUGAAGGACCGUCUUCAUCGAGGUUUUAAGUCUCAGUCAAAGAGUGAAGGAUGGGAUGCUUUUAAAUUCUGCAUAAAACAAGAAAUGAAAGCGCCAUAAAUUUAUAACAGUUCUUCCUUCAAUUUACCAACUUCCAUCAGCGUUAUAAAU